CGGACAAACUUCGAGGGGUUGAGUAUCUCACCUCCGUCGCUUCCAAAGCGAAACCGAGCCUCCGUAUGUUGAAGGGUGCCUAUUUAAAAUGGCCAUAGCUCCGCAAGCUACCUGCUCUGAAGGCUUUCAUAUGUGAAAUUGUAUUUUACUCAUUGUCCCGAGCCUUCUUGUCACGAACGAAUAGAGGGAAAUCACAGCCAUGUCAUUAGACGCGCUCCCAAUCAUAGUCAUCAUCGGCGGCGGCGGCAUCGGCCUAGCAACAGCCCACCGGCUCGGCGCAGGCCACCACAUCCUCUUCGCAAGCCGCUCCCCGUCCACCAUCUCCGCCGGCGCCGAAUCCCUCAAACAAGCAGGCCACAAAGUCACCACGCAGCAAGUCGACGUGACAUCCUACGAAUCCGUCGCCUCCCUCGCGAAAACGGCCUCAUCCCUAGGCGGCGCGAUCGAGACGGUCGUCCUGACCUCGGCACUUGGCCCAACAAUGGGGUCCGCGGAGAUGAUUCUAGCUGUAGAUGUAGUCGGAACAGCAAACAUGCCGUACGGGUCGUCGGUGGUUUGCGUGGGAAGUAUGGGACAACACAUGAUUCCGCCCCUCUCACCCGCCCUUGAACGACACCUCGCGACCGCCCCGCGGACAUCCCUCCUCGAGAACAAGGAACUUCACGAGCUUAUCGCGGGGGUAAGUGCCACAGCGUACUGCAUCGCCAAGAAGGCGAAUAGUCUGCGCGUCCAAGCGGCUGCUGCGUCGGAGGCGUAUGCGGGAAAGGGCGUGAGGGUGAAUCUUGUUGCGCCGGGGAUGACGGAGACGAAGAUGCUGGCGGCGGAGAUGGAGGGGGAGAGUGGGGCGGGGAUUAGGGAGAUGAUGAAGGCGCAUCCGUUCAAGAGGGCUGCGACGGCGGAGGAGGUUGCUGAUGCUGUUGGGUUUGUUGUGGGGUGUCGGUAUGUCAAUGGGACUGAUGUUUUGGUUGAUGGGGGAUGGUUGGCGAAGUUGAGGUGGGGGGAGGGGCCGAUUGUGGAGGAGAUGAAGAAACAUAUGGCGUAG